CCGGCCACCGCGCGUACGACCACAGAGGGCGCGCUGCAGACCGCCGAGAACCCCGAAGCGGAGUCGGACACCCCCGGAGGGAAGCAAUGAGGUAGCGGCAGUCCCCGGAGCAGACGCUGCGCGCGUCCUGCCCUCGGAGCCCCGCGCUACCCUGGCCAAGCCGGCCGAGCGCGAGUCCCCGGCGUCCCCUCGGAGCGAGGAUGCAGUGAGCCGCGGGACUGCUGUGCCUAGCCCCCCGCGGCCAGCCGGGCCACACGGACCGUACUUGAGGCAAGCUUCCCAUUCCGGGACCAGUCCAGCCGAGGGGCUCGUCCUCUCCGGCACCCACUGAGGGUGGGGUGCACCGGCUCCUGGGCGCACCGGCUCCUGGGCGCACUGCUGUAGUUUCCGCGGCUCCUGGCGCUGGCCCAAGACUUGUGUGUGUGUCACGUUCGCUGAAGAAGAGUUCCUGCUUAUUCUCUCACCAGCCCGGGUGCUUUGGCCGAGCCCCCUCCCCCCUUCUAUUUAUUUGCACGCACUCAUCUGGUUUUUUCCUAAAAUCAUUUUCCGCUCUGCUCUCUCUUAUUUUGUUGCUUGUCUGAGACUUUUGUCCUGGUCCUUCUCAUCUAGGCUUCUGUAAUAUAUAUAUAUACUCUCUCUCUCUCUCUCUCUCUCUCUCUCUCUCUCUCUCUCUCUCUCUCUCUCUCUCUCUCUUUCUCUCUCUCUCUCUCGUAUACCUCUCUUGCACACUCAAAGUUGUAUAUUUUUUCUUUCUAAGAUUCUACCCCACCCGCUGCGGGGUUCUCAAACACUAUCUGGCCUCUCCUGCUUCCAUCUCCCUGUCCCGGCUGUGCUCUCAGCUCGAGUUUUAUUUUCCGGGCUUGCCCGGGCCAAACGUAGCCGGGGCUAGUGGCCCUGCGGGGCUCACACCCCGCGCUCGGUCGCCGCCGCCCAGACGCUCCCGGGCGUCCUCCGGAGAUGCUGCCGUGGAAGAAGCACAAGUUCGAGCUGCUGGCCGAGGCGCCACCGCGGCAGGCGUCCAAGCCUAAGGGCUACGCUGUGAGCCUGCACUACUCUGCGCUCAGCUCCUUGGCGAGGGCCUGCCCGGAAGGCGCGCUCAGCCGGGUGGGCAGCAUGUUCCGCUCCAAGCGCAAGAAGCUGCACAUCACCAAUGAAGACCCCACUUACACUGUGCUCUACCUGGGUAAUGCUACUACUAUCCAGGCGCGCGGCGACGGUUGCACGGACCUAGCGGUGGGCAAGAUAUGGAGCAAGAGUGAGGCAGGCCGUCAAGGCACGAAGAUGAAGCUGACGGUGAGCGCGCAAGGCAUCCGCAUGGUGCACGCCGAGGAGCGAGCGCUGCGGCGCCCCGGCCACCUCUACCUGCUGCACCGCGUCACCUACUGUGUGGCAGACUCUCGGCUGCCCAAAGUCUUCGCCUGGGUGUACCGGCAUGAGCUGAAGCACAAGGCGGUAAUGCUACGCUGCCACGCGGUGCUGGUGUCCAAGCCGGAGAAGGCUCAGGCCAUGGCCUUGCUGCUCUACCAGACGUCAGCCAACGCUCUGGCAGAGUUUAAACGUCUCAAGCGGCGGGACGAUGCGCGUCACCAGCAGCAGGAGCUGGUGGGUGCACACACCAUCCCGCUAGUGCCGCUGCGUAAGCUGCUCUUGCACGGACCUUGCUGUUACAAGCCGCCGGUGGAACGCAGUCGUAGCGCUCCUAAGCUAGGCUCUAUCACCGAGGACCUGCUUGGGGAACAGCAGGAGGAGGAGCUGCAGGAGGAAGAAGAGGAGCAUCUCGAGGGCUGCCUGGAGGAGGACGAGGAAGAAGAGGACCGUGUGGGGGAUGGGGAUCCAGCAGAGGAAGAGGCUGAGGCGCAGAGGGCGCUGGUGGUGGCUAUGCACUUGGAAUGUGGGGACUUGCUGGAUCCACUAGAGAAUGGCCACGAGGAGGCGUUGGGGGACAGCGGGGUCUCGCUGGGCCCCAGCUCUGGGACAUCACCUCCUCUGCCAGGCUGUGCCUCCGACAUGAAGGCCCAACUGUCGCAACUUAUUAGUGACCUGGGCGACCUUAGCUUUGGCAAUGAUGUGCGCACCCUGGAGUCCGAUUUAAGGGUGACACGCCUGCUGUCGGGCGAGAGCACGGGCAGUGAGAGCUCCAUCGAGGGCGGAGGCCUGGACGCCACCUCUGCCACCUCUGGCAGCCCAUCCGGCCCUGCUGACAGCACCAGCCUAGAGGAGCCCUAUUCCUGCUAAGAUCCCAGAAACUUCGUGUGCCCGGCACCCCACAGUGGCUCCCCAGCUGUAGUUCUGUUCUCCCUAACCACCGGAAAAGGGAAAAUUAUGCACCUGAGGGUCAGAUCUGGGUUUGGAGUUCCCAGGGGCUUCUCUCCCAUCUUGCCCCAGCACUUUUGGCUCUGAGGUGGUUCAGGUUGUGAGUAUGGAGAUGUGGAAGGAGAGAGAAGCACUACAAAGGAGAGACAGACAGGCCUGU